UACAUGGACCAACCUGAGGUGGAAAAAGAAGUGAGAAGAUUAUUCAGAUAUGACUCUGAUGCCAUUGAUGUCAAGUUUGAAAUCAUUGUUGAUGAUGAAAAAUGUUUGUCAGAUUCUGGCAUGUCACAGACGUUGGACCCAUCAGCUUCAGCAUCAAACUCUCAAACCCACUUGGCCAGAAUGGAUACGGGCACAUCUCUGGAUGUUG